UCUCUCAGACACACACACACGUUUAUAGGGGGAGAUUCUCGUCAUGAUCGCACAGCACAUCUGUUUUGAGGAGAGACAGAUAUGAGCGCGCAGACGAGACUCGCUUCUUUCAUCUUUAUUCUCGGUUUGAUUUGGUUCGCGUGCUGCGCGCCGCCGACCUGUUACUCGCGCACUCUGGAACUCUGCAAAGAAGUCAUGAACACUUUGGACAAAAUACAUAAAUCUAGUCGCACGAAAACUUGCGCUGAGUUUUUGCCGAAGAUGUUUCUAGACGUGCACAACUCCUGCAUCACGUCCAAACUGCGUGAUUUCCUGUAUGUGACUGAGAAUCUGCCCACUGAGUACUGCAGAGAGAGGCCACGCAUUCGGCUCCUGAAGCGUCGGGUCCAGAUCCUCUAUACAAUCAUCAGUCGCAUAUGCUAUCGGGAUCUGGUGUUUCACACAAAUGACUGUGAGGCUCUGGAAACAGGAAACAUCAGCCCACGAUACACAGAGGACCGACUGGAACAUCUAAUAGAGGAUGCCUGAGAUAAAUGCAAAAACAGCGCAAAUGCUUUCCCCAAUAUUACACCAAAAACAUGUUACACUUACAGCCACUUACAGGUGUGUGUGUGUGUGUGUGUGUGUGAAUGCUGUGCUGAACAUGGUGUUUUUGAUAGAGCUGGUUUUGGCUGGUAAUGCCCUGUUCUGUCUGAAGUUCAGGGUGAGGUUCCCUUUUAACAGUGUGUGUAUCUGUGUGUGCGUGUGUCCAUGUGUGUGUUUGUCUAUGCAUUCCACUAGCGAGGGAAAAACAUUCCAGAGGAAAUUUGCAAAAUGCCAGUCAUUCAUCUCAAUCUGUUGAGUAAUAAAGCAGCGGUCUGUUUACAUGGCUGCAUGUUUAGCCUAUUGACCGCAACAUGUAAAGGAGAUAUUUUGCAUGAAUUUAUUCUUGGCACGCGGUUACACUU